AUGCCCGUCAUCAAGUUAAAGAAAAGGAGUGAAAGCGUUAAAGAUGAACAAAAUCCCAGGCCAAAGAGGUUACGGAUAACCACCAAGGUGAAAGAUGAACCUGAGGGACAACUGAGUACCAAUUUGAGUCUUAAGAAGUCAGGAAGUUCAAAUCGUUCAAAAAAUUCCGAUAAAGGAGGUGGUAUGAAGUUAAAGCUUAACCUGAAGAAAGGUGGAGAGACAGAGAAGGCACCAAAGACUCCAAGACUACGAUUGAAGCCCAUCAGAGUUCCUGGUGAAGGUUACGACUCUGAAGCUUCUGAUGUUGAAGACGAUCCACUGAUUGAAGAGGGUAUAAUCUUACGUGUGCUGCCCGAUAUUCAGGCGGAAUUUGUGAAACAUUCAAUAGAUUCUGGGGACUACUCCGGUAUCAGCAUUAAAUGGAAAGGGCAAAGACAUGCAAUUGUUAAUAUCAAUGAAAUAUCAUACGGAGCUAUUCUGGUGAACCUGCCGACAAUCAUAGAAGUCAACAAGAGUGUGGAUAGGAAGAACCUUUUGAAGACGAUUGACGUUUCCCAGAUGUUAUUGUGUAUCCAAAUGAUUGAGAGCGAAGAAGAAGUCUUUACUUUGAAACCACCGGAUACAGAGGACUUGGUGUUAAAGCAUUUUGAAGAGUAUCAGGACGAAAUUAGAGAGAUGAAGAAGAAGUUCUUUAAAGGUUACAAUGAUGGUCCAUUGACGGAGCUAGAAUCCAAGUAUUUGGACCAAAUGGCCAACAAACCAUACGAUUACAAGCACGGAUUAACUCCGCCACUUUACAACGUACGAAACAGACGGUUUAGGCGAAAGAUGGGACUUGAUGAGUUUGACUACGUGGAACAAGCCGUGGAGAGGUUGCUGAGACACGACGAUCAAGCGGAAGAAGUUAAUUACGAGCUAGUGGACGAAGAUGAAGUGUUGAGAAGAUCAGCUUCGGCAACGAAUCUUGCACAUUUCGAUCAGUCGAACCGUUCGUUCGCUACAGGAGACUACGUCACUGAGGAGAAAGACGAGGACGACUUGAACUUGGAUGAAGCCUUCCAAAGUGAUACGGAGGACAUAAGAGUACCGACGCAAGAGGGAGAAGCAGAUGCAGACGAUUUGUUUGAAGAAGCUGGUGAUGACGUGGAACAAUACAACGGUGAAGAAGAAGAGGAAGAAGAGGAGGAAGAAGAAGAGGAAGAAGAAGAGGAAGGAGAAGCUGAUGAAGAUGAUGAGGGCGAGGAAAACAACGAAGGCGUUGAGAAACAGGCCGUGGAUGAGGACAGGCAACAUAAUGAACUAUUGAAAGAUGAACUGCGCGAGUUGGAGACUACUUUGAGCCAUGCAAGGCAGAAAUUGCAAAAAGCUGCCAACCCACUGCUGAAGUCGCGGUUCAUUGAUAGUAUAAAGAAAUUAGAGAAAGAAGCCGAAUUAAAGCGGAAACAACUCAAGGCAAGCGACGAAACAUUACAAAGACCGGGCUCAGGCGAUGGCUCGCCCGAGCCAUCGCGAGAGCCAUCGCAAGAAGCCACACGCAGGGUCGAAGAAGAAGAAGAAGAUGACGACGAGGACGAGGAAGAAGAAGAUGAGGAGGAAGAAGAGGACGAACCUGCAAACGAACAAGCCUUAGAUCAAAACGAUCUCGACAUGAUGAUGUUAUUCGGCGCAGAAGGAGACGACCCGCAGGAGUAA